AGUGAAGCUUACUGCCAAGUAAACAUGCAUAAGGUGAUGAACUGAAGUAUCAGCAAAAUGCCACACAAGAAGAACUCCAGCAGAAAGCAUGGAUGGUUUGGGGGCACAGGAAGUACCAAAUUGCUGAGAGCCUGCAUUUGGAGUCCGGCGGCUGCAGCGAGCUCGGCACCUCCGGCGGUGGAGCUUCGGCAGUGGCGCGCCAUGGAGGGUUACCGAAACGCCACCGAGGUCCAGAUGAGUCAGCUGGUGCUGCCCUGCCACACCAACUACCGCGGGGAGCUCAGCAUUGGGCAGCUCCUGAAAUGGAUAGACACCGCAGCUUGCCUCUCGGCCGAGAGGCAUGCUGGCUGCCCUUGCGUCACAGCUUCAGUGGAUGAUAUCUAUUUUGAGCACACAAUUAGUGUCGGGCAAGUUGUCAACAUCAAAGCAAAAGUCAACCGAGCAUUUAACUCAAGCAUGGAGGUUGGCGUACAGGUCAGCUAUGAGGAUCUUUGCAGUGGGAAACAAUGGAAUGUGUGCAAGGCAUAUGCAACUUUUGUUGCACAAGGCAAAUCACCUGCUAAGAUCAAGUUAAAGCCCCUGGUUCCUCAAACGGAGGAGGAAAAGAUUGAGUACAGCAUUGCUGCUGAACGCCGCCGGAUGCGACUGGCCCACACAGACACAAUCAAAGACCUUCUCACUAACAGCCCUGUGCAAUCUGAGGGCAAGAACAGAGAGUGCAACACUGUGGUGCCUGCUGAAAAGACCAGAGUGGAGAGUGUGGAACUAAUUCUGCCUCCACAUGCCAAUCAUCAGGGAAACACAUUUGGAGGACAGAUCAUGGCCUGGAUGGAAAAUGUGGCCACAAUAGCAGCAAGCCGAUUGUGCCAUGCUCACCCUACCCUGAAGACAAUUGAAAUGUUCCAUUUUAGAGGACCAUCUCAAGUUGGGGACCGCCUCCUCUUCAAGGCCAUUGUCAACAAUGCAUUCAAGAACAGCAUGGAGGUUGGGGUGUGCGUAGAAGCUUAUGGGCAUGAAAUGGAAGUUAGCCGAAGGCAUAUCAACAGUGCUUUCAUGACCUUUGUGGUCUUAAAUGGAGGUGAUCAGCCAUGCACUCUGCCAAUGCUAAAACCAGAGCCAGGGGAUGGAGAGAGGAGGUACAAAGAAGCUAGUGCUAGGAAAAAAAUUAGACUGGACAGAAAAUAUGUCAUUUCCUGUAAGCACACAGAGGUACCUUUGUCUGUGCCUUGGGACCAAAGUAAUAAGGUUUACCUGAGUUACAACAAUGUUUCUGCAUUGAAGACCUUAGUUGCCAAAGCAAACUGGGUGCUUGCCUCCGAAAGAGACAAGGUCAAGAUGUAUAUGCUAGAAGAAGAUAAGUUCCUGUCUAUCAGAAUUGAGAUGACCAUCUGCAUUGAUGCAAAGCAGGCCUUCCUGCUGCUUUCAGACAUGAGGCGCAGGCAUGAGUGGGAUGAGCACUCCCUAUGUGCUGAGCUGGUGCAACAAGUUGACAAAGAUGAUAUGAUCUAUCAUGUAAUUAGUCAAACCAUCAGUGAGGAAAACAAACCUCAGGACUUUGUCAUCUUAGCAUCACAAAGAGAACCUUGCAGCAAAGGUGAUCCAUAUGUUGUAGCAUUCAAAUCUGUCACAUUGCCAACACAACCAGCACAGCCAGAAUACACUCGAGGAGAGAUCUUAUGUUCUGGCUUCUGUAUUUGGCAGGAAACAGAGGAGCUUACCAAGGUGUCCUAUUACAACCAAGCCACACCAGGUGUGUUGGGCUACAUCACAACUAACAUUGCUGGGUUGUCCUCGAGCUUCCACUCCACCUUUCAAGCCUGUGAACAGUUCCUCCAAAAGCACAAAGAUGAUGUCUCUGUCAGACUUCAGAAUCUUUAACUACAACAUUUUAUCUUUGUAUAGUCGUGUGAUGAACAUGGAUGUAAAUAUUGAAGUGACCUUCCUAUAUUUGUGAAUGGAAAGAAAUAGACUUGUUCACAUACAUAAAGUGCAUAGCCCAAGCUUGCAGUAGUGGACCACCUUACAGGAGCAUGAUCAGAAUGAGAAAUUGUAAUCAGGAAAGUAAUUAUUGAUCUUACAGGUCAUUGUGCACCUUCUCUAUUCAGGAAGCAGCACAUGAAGAUUUUUCUUGGAUUAUGUGUGUCCUUAAUAUCUGUCUGUCUUUUGAAGCUGUUUAUUUAAUUGAUAGGAAAAUCUGAUUAUAAAGGGAUAUAUUAAAAUAGAUUCCGCCUUCUAUUGCCUGAUCCAGAAGAAUAGGUGCUAGAUCAGUUUGGAUUUUUUUAAACCUAUACAGGAAAUAACUUUUCAUAUUGUAUCAGCAGAAGUGAUGCUUCCCCUAAAGUGCCUUGUACCAAGGAAACUAACAUUCACAAGCACCAACAGUACAAAUUCAUAGGAAGAAUUAUUCUUUAUUGGAAGGGUUUACAGACUUUUUCACAGGGCUUGGUGGUGUGUAUUCAGAGCAUUGGAGUGCAUCAUAGUACAUCUGCCUCUCAAAACCUUGGAUUGCUUUACUUCUGUGCACUUUAACACGAACACAGCAUGAUGUCAAAUAAUGUCACAUGUGAGGAGAACUGGAACAACUAGAAUUUCAACAAUCCUUUGUGAAUGUCUCUUAUUUAGUCUUCCUUGAAUGAUGGAGUUUUCUAUCCAUGUCAGUCAGUGCAAGCCUGAGAGAGAUUGUUUAGCCAUAAAAGAAUUUUUCUCACAGAAUUCUGGAAGAUGCUCCUUUUUGACUUGGAUCACUAGACAAUUGUGGACUGAGUGUAUUAUCACCUUUCUGUGCAUUCGGUUUGCUGGUAGAUAGUCUUUUCUUUUAUGAUCUUCCAUCAAGUUUGUCGAUUUUGGCUUUAUCUGUCUUCCAUUGCUGAUCAGGAUUAUGUAUGUUUGUUGAAAUAAAUAGCAAGAAAACUUAUUAAAAAAAA